AUGAAUGUCCAUGGCAAAUAUUUAUCUGAUCCUGGUCAUGACCAUUGGGUUGCAGCCAAGAAGGUCAUGAGAUAUCUUCAGAAGACUAAAGACCAUAUAUUGAUAUAUCAAAAGGUUGACAGUCUUGAAGUUGUUGGUUAUUCAGACGCUAAUUUUGGCGGGUGCACAGAUGACUAUAAACACACUUCUAGUUACGUUUUCACACUUACUGGUGGUGCCAUAACUUGGAAAAGUAUUAAGCAGAUGUUGGUCACGUCUUCUACUAUGUAUGCUGAGUUCGUAGCUUGCUAUAGCGCGUCUACGCAAGCUAUUUGGCUUCGAAAUUUUAUUGGAGAACUCAAAGUUGUUGCCUCAAUUCAGAGACCCAUUGUGAUGUAUUGUGACAACAGUACAGCUAUAUUCUUUUCCAAAAAUAAUAAGCUGAGUAGUGAAACCAAACACAUGUAG